UCAUUGAGUCCUUAGAUCCAUCCUAACCUCUGAAGCCAAUCGAUUGAGAACUUCAGUUCCCUUGUGGUCACCAGAAGCCACAUGUGACUAUUCACAUUUAACAUUUAAAUUACUUAAAAUUAAAUAUUUAGUUUCCCAGUCUCACUGGUCAGAGUUUAAUUGCCCAGUAGCCACAUGUGGCUGGUGGUGACCGUAUUGGAGAGCCCAGGAUGGAGCAUUUCCAGGCUCAUAGUUGUGUGGGACAGUGCUGUCAGAGAAGGUGUUCAUUAGUGCAACACAAUGAACGAAGGACUAAUCGUGCUUAGUACAAAGAAAAUUCCGAAUAAAGCCCAAGUGGCCAAGAAGAUAGAAUGAAAAGUGUCAGAACUGGUCUAUGUGACUGUCACCAAUGGAAUGUCAUGUCAGGUCUUUCUUUUCCCCCCCUAAUGAAACAAUCUGUUGGUCCACAAACUUUUAGAAACUAUUUUAAGCAACACCAAGGAAGGGUGUGUGUAGCAACCAGUGGGCACCCUGAUCCUUGCACAUGAAGACUUACAUGGGCUCUGCUGGUGAUUUAUACUCUCAGGCACCAUCUACUGAAAACAUCCUGUGGAAAUUGGUACCUGUGCCUUCCUAAUGUGUUCUUGUUCUUAUUUCUGCAGAUACAGUAUAUUCAAAUAUGCUUCCAUUGCCCUGGUUUCUGUGGGGAUAUUUAUUUGCACUUCCAUGUCAGCAAAGCAGGUGACUUACCAGUCCAGCUUGAGUGAGAAUGAAGGAUUCCAGGCAUUUACAUGGUGGUUACUAGAAUUAUAUCAAGUUCCGGUUGUUGGUGUGGCAAUGCCCAUCAUGUGGUUCUACCUCCUCACGAAUGUCAUCACUCAGUACGUGUGCAUUUGGGGUGUCUUGAUUCUCACCACAGAAUGCACCUCCCUCGCUGUCACACUCAUUGUGACUCUACGUAAGUUUGUGAGCCUCAUCAUCUCCAUCUUGUACUUCCAGAACCCUUUCACUGUGUGCCACUGGCUGGACACCUUGUUUGUCUUCAUUGGGACCCUCAUGUACAAAGAGGUAUGGAACAACCUGGGGAUCACAAGAAGCCAGCCUCAGAAAGAGGACAAGAAGAACUGAGGCCUGCCUGGGAGACCAGGGUCUGGCUAAGGUCUGGCUGCCAUUUCUCUUUUGUUAAUGAGAAUUACCCCCAGCACUGAACCACCACGUACCAGAGAAUCCUCAGAGGAGGGGACUUCUCAGAUUUCACAUGGCUUUACAGACCAAUAUGUGUAGACUCUGAACAGAAACCUCUCAACCCUGAAUUAGAAAAAAGAAUAGUUAUCUAUUGAACAACCAUUUGUUUACCAAAAUAUACAGUACUGUACUUGUUUAUUGAGUCCCAGAGCUACUCGUUUUAUAUCCAUGGUCUUGCACAAGGCUAUCCAUUUUGUUGUUCUGAUGAUUCUCUGCCAUAACAACCAUGAUCUCGUGUCCUCAUGCUUUGGUCUGUCACCUUCCACUUUUCCACCAGCCAGAUGUUCCCGGCAUCAUCGUCAGGAACAACUGAGGACCCAGUGCAGUGAGACACUGGGGACGGGACUGGCUUCCUCCGGGGCGUGGGGACGAGGCCGUGGUCUCUGAGCUGAGCCCUGGUGACAGUGGAGCAGGGCUGGUGGGAACCCUUUGCAGUUGUGCAGGUUCAGCCUCUGAAAGGCUUCUUAAGCAAGAAGGUUGAACUCUGCCUGGCGAUUCUGAUAGAGUCAUAGGCAAGGGAGUAAAGUAUGGUGUAUAAAUUCAGGUCAAAUCACAACUAAAAUGGAAAGUUUUUCUUAUUUUUC